AACAAGAACCGUGAGGCGGCUACUGAAAGUGAACUUAAAUAUAUCGGUCAGUUUGUGCAAGCUCAUCUGAAAGAUAUUGGAUAUUGUACCUAUAUCUGAAACAUAUUUCAAUGCCAUCCUCCUGGCGGGAAAGGGUUCGACCAGUUAGUUCCCUUCUUAUAGUUUGAAAAUGAGCACUCCUAAUCUACCAAAUGGUACUAUCAGAUCUGGUUUACCUUUUGAGUUAUGUCGUUCUGACUACUCCCUCCCGAUACCGGUCAUAUCACAAGCAUCAUCCUUAGUUUCCGUUCCUAGAAAUGUAUUUAAUGCUUAUCCAUCAACUGCACAAUCCAGAGGCAGUAAUGUCCUACAGAAACCUACCGUCAGUAAUUCAACGUCAAAUUUCCCUUUAGUCACUACAAGUAACAUUGCUCAGUCAAAUGCCAACGCUUUCGCAAAUUACCCAGCAUUUAACAGUAUUUUUCAAACACUUUUACGUGGGACAAAUCCAUCUCAAGUUACCAUUGCUCCCCCGAAUGUCUCAGGUUAUGUUAAUACAGUGGCAGGACCGAAUGGGAAUCUGUUCACUGGUUUUCGACCUACGCAACUAUCUUAUCAGCCGAAUAUUCGCAUCACUGCGCCUGGAAUUAUUUCGUCUGGAUCCACGCAUGGCACAGUAAACUCAGUUGCACUGAGGUCAACAAACUGUACCACACGUAACAAUGUCAAUUCCACAUCGACAUGUACAACCACGGCCACUACAACUUGUAAUUCACUGACUACCAGUCGUGCAGCCAAUCCAUCCGUGGAAUCAUUAUUUGUGUCGAGUAAUUUUGUUUCAGUUUCUGACUCAAUCAAUCGCACGCGAAAACUGGGUGCUGCGGCUUUUGUUCGAUGGGCAGAAGCGUGUACACGGUCGUUCAGAAAGGAGCGGAUUUCUGUUUGGCCUCGAUGCAAAGCCGAUUCAGAUGCAUUGCAUGAAAUGAACUGGAUCAUUUCUCCACCUGGUCUUUUAGGGAUUUACUCUGAAUCUCCUUUUUUGCGACCUGUAGUACUACUGCGCCGUGUUCAGUUUACUGCUCCUGGAAAUGUCAAUCCAAAUAUACCGGAUACUGAUAAUAUGGUCCGUUCUCUGCGUGAAAUAGCUGAUGCUAAAGUAACAAAGUAUCCAGGUUUCGCUCCACAAUUUCCACCUUCCGCAGCUUCUGUAGGUUUCACAACAGACUACAUGACCUAUGUAUUUACCUUAGAAUUGGAGCGUCAAGUUGUCAAGCUACUACGUCCUAAGACUGGUGAUCAUUCUGAAUGGAGAGUAGUACUAAGGCUAGGUUGGGCGACGACGGAUUUCUAUGUUCCAAGCAAUGUAUCCUCCAAUGCUGCGUCACAUCGAGCCCUUGUCUUGGAGUCAUUACCUCGUUGCCUUUCUAUUCGUGUCUCCGGUCGACCCGUACCCUUACCUGACCCCAUUUUUCAUGGUGGUCAGGCUCAACGUCUUGGAAAGCGCCUUCGUUUAUCAAUUGAUAUAACAGACAAAGUACUCAUGAAGUGUGGUUCUGCAGUUAGAAACAGAGUUGUCGAUAUUGAAUUAACCUGGUUGCAUGCACCGUUGGAAGAUCAAUCUGUAGGACUCUUAAACUUGGUUGCUGAUGGACUGGUUUCUCCAUUGUUAUGUCAUCUAAUUGGGUUGCCUCUAGUUCAAGUUACACUUGAUCGAGCUUAUUCAGUUUCCGAUCUUCGAAAUACCUUUAAUUUGGAAAAUCCAGAGGCCUACAAAAAUUUCAUCAAUGGACCACUCUUAGAUCCUAUCGAAUUUCCAUCAUUAACAGUAAAUGCAGAUGGUUCAGGAACUUUAGAAGAUCACGGGGUUUUCGGGGCUUAUGACAAUUGUUUGCCACCGGCAUUCUCACUUCCUGCUGAUAAUACAAAACAUGAACUGAAAUCUCGGCUUCAAAAAUCGUCUGACGAUAGUGAUUUAUGUUUUGAAGAUGGUGACGUUGAGCUUGCUGACUACAUCCCUGUGUGCUUAUUGUGUCCACUAACUCGAACAAGAAUCGAUCUUCCUGUACGAUCGUUCAACUGUUCACAUCUUCAGUGUUUUGAUUUACACUCAUAUUUAACAAUCAAUAUGCGAAGACCUCGUUGGUCUUGCCCUAUUUGUAGUAUCUCUGCACCAUUUCGUGACUUAAGAGUAGAUGAAUUUUUUAUGAGUAUUUUGAAAAAUCCUCGUAGUGUUGACGUUGAAUUUGUUCAGUUGGAUGCAAAUGGUGAUUGGUAUUUAAAUAAUCCUAAUGACGUUAGUCCAAAUAGUUCUUUCAUCACGGAAUCUAAUCAAUUAAAAAUUGAACAGAAAAAUGUCGAAAAUGUAAAGGCUCCUAUUACAUUGAAAAAUCUUGAAGCACCUAAUGAAGGAGACAAAGUGACUACUGAUAAAUUGAAUGAAUCCGAAACAAACACUGUUGAUAUAAACAAUACAUAUAUGGAAACGACAGAACAAGUAACUAAAGAUAAUCACAACAAUACUAAUAGUAAUAAUGACAAUUGUCAGCCAGAACCUGAGGUAAUUAUCUUAAGUGAUGAUGAUGAUGAUGAUAUUAAUAAUAAUGAUACAAAGGAGACGGAGACAUAUGUCCAAAACGGCAGUAAUGAUAAAAGUGUGAAUCAGUGUCCACAAAAUGUUGAUAAGCUUAAAACCGCUUGUAAUAACGGUCAAAAUGAUGAUAUAAAUAAUGGUUUUCCAUGUUUAAAAGAAAGAAGUACUAUCUCAAGUAAUACGCAGUCUACACGAACUUUCACGCUUGAAAUCGAUCUGACAAAUGAUGAUUCAGAUUCUUCUUCACUUUGUGAACCAAAUAACAGAAUAUUGGAGACCCCUUUUACUACUGAUCAUACUGUUCCGACAAAUGACAUUCAGCAGUCGGAUCUUUCAUCUGACUUUAUUCGCACAAGAGAUGAAAUUCGAUUUGGUAAUAAAGGUCCGUUAGUAGUGAUUAGCCCGUUACAGUCUAUAAGUAUUCCCAAUUCUUUGUCUGGCUCAACUGAAGAAAAUGAUUUAAAUUCCCAUUUAGAUGAAUUUAACGCUAUACGUAAUGAAUUGAUUAUGGAUCCUAAACAGAUCUCACGUGCAGACAGUAAUUGGCCUCCAGAACUUGUGCAAACUAUGUUGAGAACCUCUAAUAGUUCCGUUAACAAUAUCAAUCAGUAUGAUAUCAUUGGUUCUAAAUCUGCUUUCUAUCAACGACUAUUGGAAGUAACUGCUCAUCGAGUGAAUCAAACAAUGCUUAAGAAAAAUUCACAUAUCCCCUUAAGAGAUAAUGAAAGAUUGUUAUAUAACAAGGCAUUAUCUCUUGCUUUUGAUGGUGGUGGGUCUAAGAGGAAAGGAAACUCAACUAAACCUAAUAAUAACAAGGUUAAUAGUAGACCAAAAACAUCUAAAAGGGUACUAACAUCCGAUUCUGAAGAUGAAUUCCCAGAUAAACCUUGUUCAAUAGCAAGUUCUUCGACAAUCACUGGUCGUCGCAAUGCUCAUAUAAUCAAACAACAACAAGCUGCUGCAUUAGCACGCCUAAUACAAGAACGAUCUACUCGUAUCAGAAGUACAUCUGAAGCAUCCAAUGAACAAAAUCAACAAGGAAUUGAAAAUCUCCCUUCAACAAGCAGUAGUAGUAAAAACGUUAAAUCUAAGAAAAAUAUUGUCAGUACUCAAUCCAAUAAAAAACGUCCUAUUCGUAAGCGACCUCGUCGACGCCGACCUUCAAAUAUAUCUGAUGAUAGUAACUCUUCUAGUCAAUCUUUAUAUACUUCAGAAAUGUCUUGUGUUUCCACUUCAGAACCAUCAAAUGACUCCUCUUUUGUUAAUUCAUCACAAUGUACUGAUGAAGAUGAUGACUUGUCAAUCGACUCAUUCUCAUCAGAUGAUCGUUGGUCUCCUUCACAUGUUAGCUUCAACAGGAAGCAAAAAACUAAACGCAAACCGAAAGUACGUCGGUGAAAUUUUCGUCUUUUAUUCAAAUCUCAACAUUUUUUCCUUCUAAAGAUUGUAAACCAGUUUUAUUAUCAGCAUUUUUAUUUGUUCUAUCAAAUUUGUACAGUAUAAUUGGUUAUUUUUUUCACACAUACACACACACACACUUUAUCUACCUUCAUAUACAUGUAUAUUAACUCAAGAUCAUUUUCAAUUACAAUUCGAGUUUUUGUGGAUUCCCUUUCAUUUCGAGAUACUGUUAUAUUUUUCUUUAAGUGUAAUAAAUAUAAAAAAUCUUUUUACAGCUUUAAAAACUAACAGUUCAUCAUCAAUCUUGAAAAAAUUCAUUAUAAGUAACUGUCUGUAAAUUCGUCAGUCCAUUAAAGCAACACAAUACCUCGCG